AGAAUCAAAGACAAUGGAAAUGGCAGCCCUGGGAAGACCUCUGUAUAUUGGUAUGCUUUACGACUGCCAGGUGUUACACUCUGGGAUAAGAAAUCAUUGAGUGAAAAUUUGGACACUCGUCAACAGACCCAGACAAAUCUGCUGUUCAGUAGCACUGAUUCUCUCUCUAGUAAGUCCAACCUCCUGGGUGUAAGUGCUUCCCUGAAGGCCAGUUUCUUGGGGGGGCUUGUGGAUGUGGGAGGAUCUGGCAAGUUCCUGCAUGACACCAAAUCCUCAAAUCAAUAGUCCAGAGUUACAAUGUAUUACAGAGAAACCGCAAAAUAUGAAUAGCUCACUAUGUCCCAGCUGGGCCAGUUCAUCUACCCUGAGGUGUUUGACAAGAAAACUGCAACUCAUGUGGUCACGGCAGUACAGUAUGGAGCUCAGGCCCUCAUGGUGUUUGAUCGGACAUUUUCAGAAGACGAGAACAAGCAGGAGAUUGAGGGAGAACUGAAUAUCAUGGUCAAGAACAUCCCUUCAUUUUCAAUUGAUGCAGAAGCAUCUGGCAGUAUGAAAGAACAUGAAAAGAAAAAGGCUGAGAAAAUCACCUGCAUAUUUCAUGGGGAUGUCCUACUUGAGGAGAACCCCACCACAUACAUGGAAUCCAUUGAGAUAUACAAGAAGCUCCGCAUUCUGCUGAAGGAGAAUCCACAGAAUAUGGUUCCAAUAAAAGUCUGGCUCCAUCCUCUUCAUCUGUUAGAGAACAAAGCAGCUCGGCUCGAUAGAAAAAUGACCACAAGUCUGAUUUCUGACGCUGAUCAUAUAAUCAAGGAGCUUGGAGAGGCAGAGAGGACACACAGUCGUGGUUAA